AUGGACGUUUCAGGGCCAUUAGUAGUGGGUGAUCGUUGUCAAAGGACUGACGAGUGUCAAGAUGUAUUUGAUCGUGCCAUGUGCAUCAAUGGACACUGUCAAUGCAUCACGUCUUAUCAUUUUGUUAAUGAAACAGGGAAAUGCGUUCAAACACGAUUUUUAUAUAAUUUGUGUACGCAGAAUUACGAGUGUAGGAGUUUACACAAUGAAAUUGUCCUUGAAUGCAGAAACGGCGAAUGUGUUAGUACAGGGGGACAAGGAACUUAUACUAAAGGUUAAUUGGAAUUAAUUGUACAGCCGCGAUAUAAUUCGAUGAAUCCAUCUUUUUGACGAAGCCUUUCUUUCAGGGUGCACGCUCGCUUUUCUUGGAAUUCUUGUGACGCUCUUACCUUUUAUAGAUUGA